AACUUCCGGUUUGGUGACAGGUGUCUGAAAAACUAAAAUGAAUAUAGAAAUUCUUCCCAAAAUUUUGUUAUUUUUAUGCCUUGCAGACUUUACAAGAGGCAUGGACAAUGAUUUCACAGUAGAUAUUCCCGCAGGACAUCAAUCGUGUUUUUUUGAAACCAUCAAGACGAGAAAUAUUGAGUUUGAAGUGGAAUAUCAGGUUAUUGAUGGAGGCGACAUGGAUAUAAACUUCUUCCUCCAGGCGCCAGAUGGCAGAGUUUUGUUAACAGAAUCUGGUAAAUCUGAUGCUGCUCACAAGUUCACAGCUGAUGUAGAAGGAGACUACCAGCUGUGCUUUGACAACACAUUCAGUAGAUUUUCCUCAAAGUUGGUUUUCUUUGAAAUACUGUCAGAUGAGAAUGAUGAUGAAAAUGCAACAAAUUGGAAAAAUGCCAAAGAAGAACUUGGAUCUUUAAUUGAUAUGACUGUAGAAGAUUUUCAGAAACUGAUAGACAACGUACAAUCCAAUUUGGACCAGACAGAACUAGCACAGACAAUGUUACGAAACUUUGAAGCCAGAGACAGAAAUGCCCAGGAAAAUAGUUUUAACCGUGUAAAUUUUCUAUCUGCAGUACAAGCCUUUGUCAUGGUUUCCGUGGGUUUAACACAGGUUUUACUCAUAAGAAGUUUAUUUGAAGACAGAAGUAGAUUAUCCAAAGUUAUGAGAGUUAAAACAUAGCUACGAUAGGUCAUUAAUUAGGUUAUUUAAAAAAUUUUCUAUGUUUAAAGGUUGAAGUAUUUUUUUCUAAUUCAUUAACAUUUUUUUAGUACUUGAUGAUUGUUACUGAACUGUUACCCAAUUUCAUACAAGUGGUCAAUACUAAACAUGUUAAUACAUGACUUUUAUUAUCUUGUGUGGUCAUCGAACUCAAGAAUACAAAGGUGGGACUCCAAAAUGUAAAAGUAAAGCUGUUACACUUGUCGGAAAAGUUUUGAUUUAAAAACCAAGGAUUAAAAAAAGAAACAUAUAUAAACUUAACAUUUAUGAUUUAUGCAAGAAAAUUGGUAACAAGAUUUUCUAACUUUUACUAUGAAGAUGGUUUUUUAUUGAGUAUUAUUUCUUUGUGAUAUGAAAGAGUUUGUUUUGUUUUAUUAAUGUUUAGAAAUAGGGAUAUAACUUCCUUCCUUUAACAUUGACAAGAUUGUAGAGUGUGAUUGGCAAGAGGGAUAAUUGUUUUACUGGUUGAAGUUGAGGGGCUUUGUUCCUAUUGAUUUAAUUAAGACAACGUAUAUGGAAAAUGUUAGCUUAUAAUUAACUGAUCAGAUUGAAAGUAUUUUUGACAAUAUGUCAGAUUUUGAAUGUAAAACUAUGGAAACUACUUACUCUACUCAAAAGACCAGACAUGCACAUCUUUUAUCCAAAAUCUUCUACAUUCUGAAUUUAUCCUGGUGUUUUUACAUGUAAUGUGCGCAUGAUUGAACUAUAACCAUGGGGAUGCAUAUUGUGACUCAAAAUUUGUAUUUGUAUUUUUUUAUUUAUGGAUAUUGCUUUCUAUGGUGUUAUGACAAUUUCUUGUUUUUGGGGAUUCUUUGUUUGAAUGUUUUUGUCAAUGUAACUUUAUUGUCUAUUGUUUUUGUGCAGAAUUUGCUUGAUAAAUGAUCAAUGGAAUAUAUAUGCAAAUAUUGAUGUUUAUUUUAUCAUAAUUUUGACUCAACACUAUUGUCAGGGCUAAGCUAUUGCAUGGUGUACAAUCAAUGUUUGAAUUCGCUUUUGUUCCAUUGCAAUAUAAUAAAACAUACUGUGAUGGUAUCUGUCCUUUUCCUCUCACAAAGGCAGCUGUAAUGAUUUCUUAGGAAUCUUAAUAAAUUUCAGAUGGAUUCACACAAAGAAUUUUCGUUUUUAUUGAUCAAUAAGAAAUUUUUUCUUUAAAUAACAUGGUAAAUUUUUUUAUAGAAAAUAAGACAAAAUUGAGAUGAUUUUCCUGUGUGCAGGUACACAUAUAUAUGUAGAUAAUGAUUUUUUUUUAUGUAAAACUCAAAUACACUUUCAGUUUAUUAUUUGGAAAUUCUUCUUAUAAUUCAAGUAUGUUUUUCAUUCAGUUUAACACCAUUUCUUCCCAUUGAUCUCAAUAUAAAAAAUCCAGAGACUUUUUUUAUCCUCUGAAAGUUCUUAAUUCUUCAAAUCAAGCACUCAGAAUUAUAUUUAUAUUUUCAUACGUUCUAUGUUUAAUACAUUUUCUAUUGAAAUAUUUAUUAAAAUGUUUGAAUUUUAUCAGCAAGCAUCCUAUCUGAUUUUAGUUCCAAAGUCGUGUGCUUUUGUCAUGGAUUACAUGUAUAUUCAAGGUAAUAGAGUCGUCAACUCUCUUUUUCUUGAAACCAACAGGGCAGUGAUAAAAUUUUGAGUCAACCAAAUUUACAAGGUAUAGAAAUAUUUGCAAUAGAAUUAUCAUAGGUAUCAGCCUGUUUUAAACAUUAAACAGCAAUCAGUUUUAUUAUGUCUCUUAUAAAAUCUAAUGUAAAAUGGAGAAUUUGCAGGAAUACUAAUGAACAAAAAAAUCAGUAUGAUUAAAAAAAAAUGUCCCAUAUAUGAAUAAUGUGUGAAAUGUAUAUUUUGAUUUUAGUUUUUUGUAAUGUAACUUUUAUAUAUAUUGUGCGAACAUUUUCUUCUGAUUCUAUAGAACAAAGUUUGAGUGUCAUAUUUUCAUGAGCAGUUCGAUCAUUCUUGUUUGAACAAAUUCUGUUUUACCUAGGUUUUUUUUGGGUAUAUUUAUGUAUAAAAACAGCAGUAAGAGAGAAUUUUUCCAAUUUUUUUUUUCUCAGAUGUUUUUACCUUUUAGUACUGUUCACCAUUUUGGUUUUCAGAAAAGAGACAUUGAUAAUUAAAAACACUAUAUAUGCAAUUAUUGUAUUUCUUUAAUGUUAAAAGUACAUGAAGUGGAAAAGGUUUAAAAGAUAAAAAAUUCUAUACAACAGAAAGUAAACCAAGCUUUGACAAAUCCUUGUAAACCAAGAAUGAACACAUGACAAUUGAACCAAUGAUAUACAGUGCUAAUAAUGUUUAUUUAUAUUCGAGGUCAAAAAUGUACCAGUAUUUAAAUUUAAAAGACCAAAAACAUGUGAUACAGUUAUGUUUUUAAUUGUCAGGAUUAUUUUGAAAAAAAGUUAUGGUUAUUGUUAAAGUGUGAAUCUAUUGGUAUGUUAUUGUUGUGAUUUCAAUACAUAAAUUUUUUUCUUGCUUGGGCAAAAUUCCUGAUUAACAAUAAGUUGGCACCUCACAUUGACACUGCUGCAUUCUACAAACCAUUCACACAUUUUACAUGGUUGCAAAAAUUAACCCAUGCAUGAAAAUUUCCAUGUUUAUGGUAUUUCGAAUAUCAUAUAUGAAAAGUCAUAGAUGAUUUUUUAGCAAGUUAGGUGUCAUAUUAUAGUAGAUUUCAAAUUUCUUGUUUUCAAUUACUUUGUAUAGAAGCAUAAGUUUUGAAACAGAAUAUUUUUAAAUGUGAUAAUUUUUUUAUUUUUCAUUUUAAUACUGAAGAAAAAAUGUAUUAAUGAUUGUUUAUGAAUUACUUGGUAACUUUUAAAAAUGAAAACGGGUAGUAAAAUGUAGUUUCUUAUAAUCAAAAAUCCCUUUACUGUAAAUUCAGAAAUUAUUGCGAGGUUUUUAUUAAUUCAAAUAAUGCAACUCCUUGAGCAUGUUGAGUAAUGCAAUGAUUAGAACUCUCUUUCUGGUAUCUGAUACUUAUAUCUGUAUGUAGAUUUUCUGAAAAUCGCAAUAAUGAAAAUAACAUUUUUGUUCAUUCUUCAAAAAUUGCAAUAAUAAAUGCACACAAAAAUAUUUGAAUAUACAGUAUUUUGUUCUGGAAAAAAAACAAAAAAUUAAAAAUUUGAAAUGUGCAUACCAAAAUUACUAUUUCAUGCAUACAGAAUAACUUUGAACAAAUUUUAUUUUUCUGAAAUCUCAUAAUUCAACUGACAACAAAUAGAUAAAGUCAACUUAUGCUUUUUUUUUAGUGAACCAGUUUGAACAAACCUGCAUGGGACCUUUGUGUUAAAAACAUGUAUUAAGCCUACAAAUGAUAAAUUACUGAAAAUACUCACAGUAUGUCUGUAUACAAGUGGUAUGCUUACAGUCGAAAUGCAAUAUUCCAUUAAAGCAGGUUUUUACUUUGUUUUAACAAGUUAAUGCAAGGACUUAACAUUACUCAUAUCAAUAUGACUUAUACCUGUUCUUUACAUACCUUGGCCUGGCAAACUGUCUCACACUCCUAAUUGAAAAUAUUGAUUCCGGAAGAAGAACCAGUUAUAUAUUUCCAAUUUUAGAUAUUCAGCAUGUUUUAAGUUUUUUUUUUUAAAUUUGACUGUCAAAAGGGGAGAAUGUCAUAUCUCUAAAAAAGGACAUUGGUAGAAUGUUUUUCUUAUACCUUAAGAAGAAAAAUAGGCAUAUUUAAAAAUUGUUUUUUGUGACUGCAAAACAUUUUGGUUUUGUUUGUAUACAUCAUCAGGCAAAGUUUUUCAUUUAGAUUUUAAUCAGUGAAAAGCUUAAACUGCAUCUUCAUAUGGCUUUUGAAAAAUAAAUAAACUUUUGAGAAAGAUAAAGAUAUGACUGCUGUAAUGAUAGCCAACAAAAGGGUGUGAAAUAGAUUAAAAAGUUUUGAAAUAUAUUUCAAAUUUACCGAAAUAUGCAAUAUAUAUAAAUAAAAAGUUCAUAUUUUAAAUGUUCUUUUGAAAAAACCUAUCUCCAGGUUUUUAAAAUUGGUUUAAUUGAUAUUGGUGAAAAAGUUUUCUUAUAUAAGAUAUUUUUGAAUGAAUAACUGAUUUAUUAUUUUUUUUUUUAUAAUUGCUUUACGUUUUAGGUGCUUAUUGAUAGAGAAAUCCAGACCCAUCAAUAUAUUUACUAUGCAAAAGUGAAAUGUAAUGUACAAAAUUAUUCUCACAUGUUGUUUGUUCUAGUCGUAUUGUACGAAAUGUUAACUAGCGCGUUUGAUUUGUACAAAAAUAUGUCGAAAAAUUGCAUCAUAAUGCAAAUUUUUCUUUUUUGUGCUGUUGAUAUAACUGAAUGAAACUAUGAAAGUUGGUUUUAUUAUAUUAUUUUUUUACCCUUGAGACCUGGGUGUCAGACCUAUAUUAUUUUUUUCAAUUUUGUGCAUAAUCAUCCAUAUUAUGUUUGAAUAAGAAAUGUAUUUAUAUAUAUAUAUAUAUUUAUCAUAUAAUUAGUAGUAAAUACAGUAGUUUUGAAUAUUUGAUAAAUAGCCUUCUGUUCAAUCCAUAUCGCUCAACUUUGAUGCGCAAACCUUUAUUACACCCCUUUAUGGCAUGUCUACCCUUUAUCACACCCCUACUCGGAUUUCUCAUCUAUGUAGUGAUUCCGACUAAAUUCACAUGAAGUCCAUGUUUCAAUUUAUGCAAGCUUCUCAUCCUUUCUGUAUCUCUUUCAAAUAAAAUACCGAAGAUUAAAUAGUAAAAUAUUUUUCUUCAAUGGGUCCCAAAUGAAACAAUCAUUAGAGCGUGACGUCAUUGUUUGGCAUGUGACGUCACAGACAUUGAGCUUUCAUAUUUUCUGGCACACGAAAUGCAACCAUAAAAAACUACCAACAGCGAGAUAGUUAAACUUUAAAUUUUGAUAUUUCAAAAGGGCACAUUUUACUCACCAGACAGUCAAAGUAGUCUCUUGUUUAUAUAUAUUACAGUAUACUUGUUAUUAAAUUGUUGGUUUAUUGUUACUAUUUUUUUUAUUAGUAGGUUUUAUUCAGAAUGAACAUUACUAAAGGAGGAUUAAAAGUAAUCAAUGAAAUACCAUACAAAACACAAACAAACAAGGAAAAAAUACUAUAAACAAAAUAUUUCUAUAGACAACAGGAUGCAAAUUGUUAGGUAACCCUGGUGCUUCGGAUGAAUAAUUAAGCAGUUCCUAUAUUUGAUAAAACUUUUAAACAAGGCAAAAAUAAAUCUGAAGGUAACCCAGGUGCUUUGGAUCAGUAAGCAGUUCCUAUAUACUUUCCUGUUUAAAUAUAUGAUAACGUGUAUAAUACAUGACAAUAAAGGCCCUUGGGCUGAUAUUGGUAUCUCAGGAUGAUAUAGCAUGUGAUACGGAUUUUGCCAUGUAUUAUUCUAUAUAUAUAUAUAUAUAUAGAGUGUUGUUUGUGCUGUAUUUAGACCCCUCUACCAAGAAAUUUGUUUUGCAUGCACACAUAUAAAACUUACGGUUUUUAUCCAACGCAAAUAUAUAUAUAUAUAUUCAUAAAAUAAAUAGUAAAGUAAGUAAACAAGUUAACAGUUCCAGUUCAAUCGAUUUCAUCCUUCCAUUUGGACUCUUUAGGAUAACUGAUUUAGCGUCGUUAUGACCGAUGUCGUUAAGGAGGCUUGUUCAUAAUUAAAAAAGAUCUCGGAAGAAAUCUUGAUCGGAACGUUGUUAUGAAAUAACAUUCCAUCUCCUUUCGAUAGGCUUCAUCCCGUCUACAUUUAAAAAUAGGCAUUAUUUGAAAUUGUUUUUUACCACAAGUGUCAAGGUGGGCACUUAUUGGCGAGUUUCUGUAUUGUGGGUGUUUUAUUUGUUCUUUAUGAACGCGCACCCGUUCACAGAGGCUAUUCCCGGUCUGUCUAAUAUAAUGUUCGUGACAACCUGGACACAUGACACAGUAAAUAAGUUUUGUUGUCUUACAAGUCAUAUAUGCGUUCACAUGAAAUUUUCUUCCAUAAUUUUCUCCUUAACGACGCUAAAUCAGUUAUCCUGAAGAGUCCCAAUGGAAGGAUGAAAUGGAUUGAACUAGAGCUGUUAACUUGUUUACUUAUUUUACUAUUUAUUUUAUGAAUAUAUAUUUCUGCACAUGUGAAAAUUAUUUUAUAUAUAUAUAUAUAUACAUACAUGUGUGUGUGAAUAGAACUAACCCAACUGUAAAGUAUUGGUAUUUUGAAAUUAACAAAAUUAUUUACACAGAUAAAGAUUUCUCAUUGUUUUACUCAUUCCUGAAAUAUUUUUUUAGAAAGUGAUCUUUUUUUUUAAACGCAGUAUGAUGUUGUGUAUAAUCUUAAAAAAAAAAACGUUCAUAAAUAAGAAAAUCUUAAAAACGUUUGUUGUACUAUUAUUAAUUAUAAAAUUGUGUUAACUUAUGAAUCUGUAAAUUGCCAAAAUUAAAAACCCAUCAAGAGAAAUGAUUUCAAACAGAAUUUUCAAUGAAAGAAAAACAUAUCAUAUUCUUUUGAAUCUGUUAAGUGCCAAAAUUAGAAACUUUCAAUCAAGAGUAAUGAUUUCAAACGGAAUUUUCAAUGAAGGAAAUAUAUAUUAUAUUAAAGAUUUUUUUUACUUUUAUGAACAUAUUUCUCGGCAUAUCAAGUUAUUUUAAAUGUUUUUAACAUACAUUUUUGUAGCAAGGCAUCAAUGAAAUUGUAAUUAUUUGAAAUAUAAAAGCAAAGUUGAAUCUUGAAUGAUCUCAGAUCAAGGGAAGUUAAUUACGUGAUAGUUGGAAGAAAAAUAUUUUUAAUUGAGAUUUGAGAGAAUGUGUCAUGUGUUAUGCUCCAAUUUAUAAUAAGUGAGUGAGUGAAGAUUAUUAACCCAUGUUAUUCAUUUAAAAUCAUUCAAUACACACACAUUGUUAAUUCUUACAAAAUUAGUUUUGUUAUGUUUUGUCCCAGUUAUUGAUUGAUGAAUGCACUUUGCUAAUACAAUAAAAUAUUUAUUUUGUAAA